GUGAGGGGAGGGUGUGCUGGCCCCCCUCUCUCACUCACUCACUCACUCGCUCUCACUAACUCGCAUCAGUGACUUGGAUAAACGAAGUAAGAGAAGAAGAGAAAGACAGAAAGAGCAAGGGAACUAACUUACUCACGCACUCACUUUCUCACUCAUUCACUCACUCACUCAUUCACUCACUCACUCACUCAUUCACUCACUCACUCACAAGUUCGCAUCACUGACUUGGGCAUAUGAAGAUGAGAGUGUGGGAGAGAAGAUAAAAAGGAAAGGAAAGAAAGAAAAAGAAAGGGAACUCACUCACUCGCUCGCUCACUCGCUCGCUCACACACAAGUUCGCAUCAGUGACUUAACAUUUGGAGUGAGCGAAAGAGAGUGAGAGAUAAGAAGAGGAAGAGAAAAAAGAAGAGAGAGCAAGAGGAAGAAGAGAUUAAGAAAAGUUUAUACAAGACUUAUACAAGAAUUAAUCCUGUGUGGCUACUUCUGUGUGUGCGUGCGUGUGUACUACCUGUGUGUGUGUGUGUGACUACUUAUCAGACACAAAAAAAGUAACAUUAAUAAAAGAAAGUAGAGUGGAAAUUGAAAAGGCAAAAAAUCUAGUGAUGGCAAUUUAAAUGAAAGUAUAAUAAAGAAAUAAUAAACUUGUCCAACAUCGUACUGCAAGAAUACACACUCGAGCUUACUCUUUCAUCUCUCUUGCUUGCGUAGACUAAAGGAAUAAACUGAACAUUGAACUGAAACAACGACUGCAAGAAAAAAAAGUCUCCUAGUAUCAAGAUUAUAAGAAACCCACAUUAUUCUGCAAGAUCACGCCCACCAACUUAAUCUUUCACUUGCAACAAAGACACAUCGAGAGAGAGAGAGAGAGAGAGAGAAAAAUAAUCCAUGCAAAAAUUUAAACAUGGCUGAAUUACACUAAACAUUAAUGGUAUUUCUGGAAACAAUAAUUAAAAAAGGAAAUUGAGGAAAAAAUAAUUAAAAAACACAUUAAUAACAAAAAUAAAAUAAAUACAAAAAAGAAAAAAAGUUAAAAGUGAUACAUUACCGUGUGUGUCUGUGUGUGUGUGUGUGUGUGUGUGCGCGUCGCAACUAUGCAUCUGCUGAUCAACUUACUACUAACAUGCAUUGGUGCAGGCCCCGCGGCAGGUGUGAGGAUCCUGCGGCUGUCAGUGCCCCCCGCGGUGAAGGCAGAGUCUGGCCCCGCCCUGCUGGACUGCGUGUACGUGCUGGGGGCGGGGCAGGGAGAGGCGGCCACAGGGGACGCCGCCAACUGGACCACGGACGGCCUGGUCAUUAAAUGGUACAUCGACAAUCUACCUGUGUACCAGUGGAUCCCCCCAGGGCGCCCUCAGGCCAUGGGGGUGCUGGCGGGGCGCGUGGACCCCUCCUACCGCGCCUCCCCGCACCCCUGGGACGCCCACCGCGCCCUCUACAUCCCACGCCCGCUCCCCGCCCUCUCCGGCCGCUACACCUGCACCGUCAGCACCUUUGAGAACGAGCACACCCGCUCCGCCCCGCUGCUGGUGUGGCGUGAGGCCCGACGAAUCAGCCUUAAUUACUGGCGCCCGUCGGAACACCUGUUGAACGUUACCUGUACGGCCGAUGAGGUGGCGCCGCGCCCCGCCCUCACUCUCUACACCCUGCCCCCGGAAGGCCCCAGGCAGGAGGUGAAGGCGGUGGGGGUGCUGGGGCCGCGGGGCGAGGGGGGGUGGUGGUGGGUGGGGUCGUGGGGGCUGCUGCCGUAUGCGAGCACCCCCCCCAAUACCACCCUGGGCUGCAGCCUCACCCUACCAGGCGCCCCCCCAGACCUGCCCCCCCAGACGUGUGAGGAGGUGUAUGAUAACGACCUCCCCAUCAUCACAACCACCACCACCACCACCACCACAGCCUCGCCACAGCUACGAGACAGGUGGACGAACAAGAGUACCGGAUCCUCUUCUUCCUCACCUGUUAACGAGAGCUUCUUCGCCAUCGCCACGCGGGUUCCCCUCUCACCGGCGCUGGUCUGCCUUGCAACACUGAUCGUGUCAUCAUCUUGGUCCCUCCUGCUGGCUGCGACGCUCUGAAGGAACCACCGUGCCCUUGGGAUGGAUGGGAAGGGGGGGGGGGGAUGUAUGGGUGUGGAUGAGCGGGUGGACGAGAGGAGAGGUGGUGGGUGGAUGAGGGGAGCGAAGAAGAAGAAGAAGAAAAAGAACAAGAACAAGAACAAGAAGAAGACGAAGAAGAAGAAGAACAAGAACAAGAACACGAAGAACAAGAAGAACAAGAAGAAGAACAAGAACAAAAAUACAAGAACGAGAUCAAGAACAAAAACAAGGACAAGAAGAUGAAGAUGAAGAAGAAGAAGAAGAAGAAGAAGAAGAAGAAGAAGAAGAAAGGUUAUGAAUGAAGAAAGAAGUGCAAAAGGAUUAAUGAAUGAAAGAAAGGCUUGUUAGUUUCCUUCUCCUCCUCCUCCUCCUUCUUUUUCUUCUUUUCUUCUUCUUCUCCAAGUGGGGUGGAUGAACAAACGUGGAUCACAAGUAAGUGGAUGACAGACAGCAUUAAAUGUGGGAUAACCUCAAAUCGCGGGAUGGGUGGAUGACUGACUGUAUGGGCAAAUGGAUGACUGACUGUAAGGGUGGAUGACUGUAUGGACGAAUGGAUGACUGACUGUAAGGGUGGAUGACUGACUGUAUGGAUGUGUGGAUUACUGUGUGGAUGACUGACUACGUGUGUGUGUGUGUGUGUGUGUGUGUGUGUGUGUGUGUGUGUGUGUGGAUGAUUAACUGAGUGUGUAUUUUAGAUGAAUGGAUGAAUGUCUC